UGCUUGGUGAUUGACUGUGUGUUCUUCUAGAGAGAGGUGCCGUUCUGCUUGGUGAUUGACUGUGUGUGUUUCUAGAAAGAGGUGCCGUUCUGCUUGGUGAUUGACUGUGUGUUCUUCUAGAGAGAGGUGCCGUUCUGCUUGGUGAUUGACUGUGUGUGUUUCUAGAAAGAGGUGCCGUUCUGCUUGGUGAUUGACUGUGUGUGUUUCUAGAAAGAGGUGCCGUUCUGCUUGGUGAUUGACUGUGUGUGUUUCUAGAAAGAGGUGCCGUUCUGCUUGGUGAUUGACUGUGUGUAUUCUUCUUUCUAGAAUGAAGUGCAGUUCUGGUUUGCCACGGGAGGAGCAGGCUUCUGUCUGAGUCGCAGACUAGCUGAGAAGAUGGCUCCAUGGGCUAGUGGUCCCAGGUUUGAGCAGACGUCAGCAGUGAUCCGUCUGCCAGAUGACUGUACAGUAGGCUUCAUCGUAGAGAGAAGACUGGGGAUAUCCAUGGUCCACAGUUCAAUGUUCCACUCUCACCUGGAGAACCUGCUACUGCUGACGCCCAGCAAUAUACCUCUACAGGUGACUCUUAGUUAUGGGCUGUUUGAAAACAAGAUGAACAGUGUGGAGCUGAAUAGACUCUUCUCCAAGGAGGAUGAUCCCUCCAGGUUUAAGACGGUCCACUGUCUACUCUAUCCACUGACCAGCUGGUGCCUUGAAGAGUCCAACUCCCAGCAGCACCUUGUCGUUUACUACUUCCAACAAAUCUAA